AUGGCCAAGAAGAAACCUUCAAAGGCCUCGAGAAGGGGUGCUUCGGCACCCAGUGCCAAUCAAAAGUAUUGGAGCAGUUACAGCAUUGACAAGCUGAUCCAGCAGUGCAAGUCACGUCAAAUUCCUGUUCCUCCGCAGAAGUUGAAGAGGCAAGAGUAUGUCGACAAGAUUGAAGAGAGUCUGGCGAAGUUUGGCGACAAAGGUCCUAGGGACUGGAACAAGCUGACAGUCGAGGACCUCAAGAACGAAUGCAGCCUCCGCAACAUUGAUAUUACGGGUCUGAAGAAGCAAGGUCUUGUCGAGAAGCUUGAAAAGGGGAAUCCAAAAACUGGCAUCAAAGAGCCAGCCGGUCCUCGACAGACGGCCACCCAGACAUCGAAUGAUCAGCAGAACCAACGAGUCUCGUCGGCAAACGCAGACAAAGACUAUGACAACUGGGACUACAGAACUCGUCUUUUGCCGGCAUGGAAGACGCUUGGUAUCAAGAGCAGGAAGGCGGUUGAUAUUAUCCAGGCGCUCAAAGACCGCGACAAGGAAGAAUCCAGCCAAGGAGGAGGAAGCCCAGGGCCGCCAUCAGGUGGACCAGAGCCGCCUGCAGGAGCACCGGAGCCGCCGCCAAGAACGCCGGAACAGCCUGCUGACAAGGGAACAAGCCCAGCUGCAUCAGGAAAUUCUCCACGACCGGCCGGCGGACAACAUGGCGCUACUGCCGGAGGAACGCUCGCCAGUCCCACAAGUUCUACAGGGUCAGCAUUUCAUAGAGAGUCUGCACCACCAGAUCCCACCAGGCCAGUGGAAACGCCCCUGGAAGCACUGGAAGCAGCCAGAUCCGACAAUUUGUCACAAGCCCACGGCAUCGGACUAAGCAAUCCUUCGCACCUAUGCUACCGCAAUGUCCUGUUCAUCAUGCUGCUGCACUGCAAUCGGAUUCUGUCCUGGAUCGAGAACAGACAUAUUCCAAACUUGGAAAACGCGGGAUUCGCCCUCCAAAUCAAGCAACGGCGGGACGAUCCGCUGGAGGAAGACGAGAGAGCGUACACCGACAUCUGGUGUGAGUUCCUGGAGUUAGCAAACGUUUACUGGCGCGGCGAGGGCACUGAUCAAAGCACGAUCGACCGGGCAAUGAGAAAGUUCUGGUCGUACGUCACCAAUGAUAACCGACAAUACGAGGUUGGCGAGAUGCCCAAUGAAGGUACAUGCGCCUUCAAAGACCAGACGAGGGAACAUGACGUUCCUGAGCUGUUCGAAUGGCUUGUAGACUUCAGUGUUCGCCAACUGGACUCUUAUUUGACAUUGCAUGACUACGACGACACAUGGAGGAUAACGAUCCUGAACAGGAAUGUGAAAGAACUCAUGACAGUCUAUCAAUCAGUGCAUUACCCGUGUUCGCAGCGACGCCGUGUCAAACACCGCAAAUCGAAACUCGAAGAAGGCCAAAUGCUGCGUGUCAACAUACCGCCAGGACGGCGGCGCGGGCAGCAGAAUGUAACACUAGAGCAGUGUCUUGAACACAGCGUGAGCUUCGACAUGGACGCCUGUGCAUGUGCGCCCAGAUCGGCGCCCGAGAACAACGACGACGCCGCCGAUGCCAACCAGACACCCAGGCGUGCUUGGAGCAAGAUGUGGUACACGCCCGAAGUGCUAUUCGUACAACUCAAGCGCUUUAAAGAGGCGAGAACCGCCAGAGGCGACUACCGCUUUGACAGACACGGCAAUGUGCUUUUUGAAAAGGACAAUAGCCGAGUUGAGAUCCCCGAAGAACUCGACCUGGCGCCUUUCCUUGAGGAGAGGGGUCAGGCUCACGAUUUGUCCUCGAAGUACACGCUCGUGGGCAUCAUCAGUCACCAGGGAACGCGUGAUGGGGGCCACUACAUCACCAACGUCCGCAGGGGCGAUGAUUGGCAUGAAUUCGACGAUGACAGUGUCAAGAAGACGUCUCUCAAGGCCGUCUUGGAUCAAAAGCGUCGGUUUACACCCUACGUCAUCCUGUACGAAAGGAUCCCCGAGGAGGGCGAGCGUGAGGACGUUAACGACAAUACACACAGCAACGCCGACAACAACGAGCACGACGAUGCUUAUACUAAUGCUAGCGCUAGCCCCAGCGCCCGUGGUGACGGUCGAGCGCGAAAUACUCGCAACCCCAGGGCAAACAACGCUGCCAACCGCGUCGCCAAAGCCAGCAACAGGGGUAACAAAUUGGACACGGUCGCCACCAACAACAAUCGCAGCUACAACCAUGUCGCCAGUAGAGAAGCGCUCCACGACAAACCUUCUCUCUUCACAACACCGUACGUGCAGAGUAUGCUGGCUAGCGUCUUCAACAAGCUCGAGAAGUACUUCCGCAAGGAAGUCCAAGACGAGGUCACCGCCCUUCAACAGGUCGAAGACCAAUAUCGGGAAGCCAAUACUCUGGACAUCCUCACGAAUUACUUCAUCCGCAGAGAGGCCGACAUGUUGGCUACGCAACAAGAGCAAGCCGGCCAGAUUGACAGGCUGGAAUGCUAUGCCGCUAUUCUAGAGGACCAGAACUCCGAGCUGAUGAGCAUUGUCGACCACGUCGACCCGGCCGCGCUCAUCGUGUUGUCACGCAAGAGAGGCCAUGAAGAAAUCUACGAUGGCGAGAGCGACUUAGGCGAGGGUUUGAUCCCACCCAGCAAGAGGUCCAGGCGCAAUGGGGGUCACACUUCCAGCAUGGACGUCAGAGCGGGUAGUGAUUAUGACGCCCACGGCAUGCUUGCAUCUGACGGGCUUCGAGACAAAUUGCAGCACACCAACAAUGAGUUCCACGGUGCGGACGGCGAGCUCCCUGACUGUGUUACUUCCGAGGAAGAGGUCGUCGAUGGGACGGACUCCCAGAGCGCCUCGAUGUCUCUAUCGGAGCCCGAACCGGAGUCUGAGCCAGAGGAUGUCCACGAGGAUGUCCACGAGUCUGAGGCCGAGAUAGAACUUGAAGCUGCACCCGAGUCACAAAUCGACGCUUCCCUCCUAGAAGAGGCCGCCAUCAGCGAAGCGGAAACGGAGAUCGACUACACGCUUCUCAUGCGGGAACGCAACCUCGCCAAGCGUGCCUUUGCCGACGACUACGCCGCUAAACAUAGCAUCCUUCGCCUCGAAGGCCAAUGGAGCUGGAUGGGCCCCCGGUACCAGCAGGACUUUGAAGCGCAGCUGGCGGAGUUUGUAGACGGUUGGGAAGCGGCGUACUACGAGAACCUAGUAAGGGAGAAGGCGGACGCAAACUGGAGGAACAAUCUCGGCACAGAGGAGGCGGGCAUGCCGCCCCCGUCUAAUCCGGGUAACCCCGACAAAGCCUACUUCCCCCCUCAGUCAGCGGUCCCAGUCCCGAAUUACCAGCCCACCUCGAUCCCAGCCCCGGUCUACACGCCAAGGUCGCCUCGCUAUGUUGCCGAGCCAGAUCCGACCUACGACUACUCGUAUAUUCCGCCGAGGCCUCGCUACAUGCGCCCGUAUACUUACCCGUACGCUUACCCUUAUACUUACAGGAAUUCGUCCUGGCGCCCAUACACUCCAGCGGACACGGACGAUUCGCCCAGCCGGCGGUUCUACACCACUGGCAAGGAUAGGGAUACUCGUCCCAGUCCCAGGACCAAAGUCGAGUCCGUUACCCCUGGCGCUAGAGGUCUCGGGCUCGGUGUUGGUACCAGCAACGCGAGCCCUACCAGGGCACCUUACUCCGCGAGGACGACAAUCAAACGCAGCCCGCAGAGCGCUCAGACUCGCACUCGCAUUCGGACUCGCACUCGCCCGACCGAGGUGCGAUCUGCCACGGGGACGCCAAUCAUACAUAGGCUGUGGAGAAAUUGCACUCUCACACGCACUCGCCCGACCGAGGCGCGAUCCCCACCGAAGACGCCGAUCAAACGCAGCCCGCAGAGCCCUCACAUCCACACUCGCACUCCCCACCGCGGUCACAGUCAGGAUCAAACUCAAAGCCGAACAGGAAUCGAUCUGGCCGUUCUCUGGCCACCGGGAUUUCGCGUUUCGCGCCUGGUUGGAGACGAGCCCGGCGUUCCCGCACCCACCUGGGAUCCCGUGACGCCGGAGGAUCAAUCGACGUGGUACACGCCACCGCGUCCUCGACGCUCGACUCCUCGCCCCAUGUCGACUCGAGAAACGGCGGCGUUGCUGCGCAAGGGACGGUCUCCUGGGUUGGGAUACAAUAAUGGGAGUUCGCCCUUCCGGGUCGGUCCGCAGUUUGGGCGGAUCGAUCUGAACCGCGUGGCUUGGCCUCGGGUGUUGCGCGAAGAGGCGGUGGGGGAGUCAAUGAAGGCGGAGGGGGUAGCGGCGGACUGGUGGUAA